AUGUCCACCAAAACCAUCGCAGUUGUUGGCGCUACUGGCACGCAGGGGGGCUCCGUCGCCAGAACCUUUCUUAACCUUCCCAACUGGCAUGUCCGCGCUCUCACACGCAGCUCAACAUCUUCCAAAGCCCAAACUUUGAAAGACCUUGGAGCCGAGAUUGUUGAAGCAGACAUGAAUGACGCCGAGUCGUUAGUCCGCGCUUUCAAGGGCGCACAUGCCAUCUUCAUCAACACAGACUUCUGGGCGCCUUACGUAUCUGCUCUGGCAGACGGAAAAGACCAGCUUACUAGUCAAAGCAUUGGGUAUGAUACCGAGGGUCUUCAUGUCAAGAAUGCGACAUACGCUGCGUCCAAGACGGAGACUCUUGAGAAGUGCAUCUACUCUGCCCUUGGACCCAUGAAGGAGGUUUCCAAGGGAAAGUUCUCUCACUGUCAUCACUGGGAGACCAAGGCUGCAGCUGUCAACUAUAUCGAAAACGAGGUGCCUGAGCUUGCCCAGAAGACAUCUUAUAUCUACGUCGGAGCUUACGCAACCAACGCCUUCCUGUACCCCAAGAAGGAUGCCGAGACUGGCGAAUAUGUUUUGGAGAUCCCAGCCUCAGGGAACCUGCGAAUGCCCAUUAUUGACACCGCCAAGUCAACCGGUAUAUUCGUCCAAGCUCUAGUUGAAAGUGAGCCUGCUAGAACGAAACUGCUGGCAUACGACAGCGAGCUCUCCAUGACGGAGGUCGUCGAAACUUGGAACCAGGUCACGGGAAAGAAGGCUACUCUGAGGACCAUGACUGAAGAGGAGAUGAAUAAGAAAACUGAUCUUCCUUAUGAAGUCCUCGAUGGACCUGCUUACUUGGAUGAGUAUGGAUAUACCGAAGGGAUUGAAGGGGUUAUCACGCCUGAUCAGCUUAAGAAGCCUGUCAAGACUGAUAGUCUUGAGGAGUACUUGAGGAAGCAAGACGCCGAGUCACUUCUAUCGUUCAAGUAUGGUCUUCCAGAACCCCCAAAGAAAAAUUGA